AUGAACGCGACCGCGGACGCUACGUUUGGCCCCCAACUACAAGGGCAUUUCGACUUUACCCUCCUCUUUGAGCAAAGUAUUUUCUCAAUUGGCCCAUCGGCAAUCUUGCUAACUGCCUCGCUUUUCCGGAUUAAUGUUCUGACCCGGAGAAAGCCAAGCUUUGAGGCGAGCACCUUGCUUUGGAUCAAGCUCAUUGCCGUAUUUAUCCUUUUUGGGCUUCAGUUGACGAAUUUGGCGCUAUGGAGCAUCUCGUCGACUGCACUUACUCAAUUCGCGGUAGCAGCUGCUUCUCUCUCGGUCGCUGAUGUCAUAGUCAUAGGUUCGCUGCUCUACGCAGAGCAUCGCUACUCCUACUCGCCAUCUUUGCUGCUUAGCGUCUACUUGUCGAUUACUAUCCUUCUUGACAUUGCCUAUGUCCGCUCACUCUUCCUUCGGGGAAGUCUAGAUGCUAUCGGUGCAGUCACCACAGCAAUCCUUGCAACUAAGCUUCUAGUCCUUAUGCUCGAAGAAAUCCCCAAACGGGGACCGGCUAUUUUCAAGACGUCCAAGGAGUUUUCGAGUGGCUUGUGGAACCGCUCUGCGUUCUGGUGGUUGAAUUCAACAUUCAGCAAGGGCUAUUAUUCUUUCCUCCAAGUCGAUGAUUUGUAUAGCCUUGACCACCAUCUAGACUCUCAUCGCCUUGCUUCGAAACUGGAUCAAACAUGGAAAUGUGUUGAUAAAGCCAGGAAAUAUUGCCUAGCGUUUGCGACAUUUACUGCAUUCCAGAGUGAUUUCUGGAAGGCCGUCAUACCGAGGCUGUGUUACACCGGCUUCAGUUUCGCCCAGCCCUUUCUCAUAAAUAAAAUCGUCGAUGUUGUCGGGACGUCAAAGUCGAAUCACCCCCAGGGUACGGUGGGAGGUCUCGUUGGGGCCACGGCUCUAGUAUAUCUUGGACUCGCUUUCUCUAGAUGCCACUACACUCAUCACACUUACCGUUUGAUUACGUCUGUUCGUGGUGGACUUGUAACACUGAUUUUUACCAAAGUCAUGGAUCUGGAGGCGUCCGAAGCCAAGGACUCUGCUGCUGUAACUCUGAUGAGUACUGAUGUGGACGGAGUCGCCAGCGGCUUACAGAAGAUUCACGACAUCUGGGCUAGCGUCAUCGAGUUAGGCCUAGGCGUAUAUCUGCUACAACGACAAGUCGGCGCAGCUUGCUUCCUGGUACUAGUGCCUACUAUUUUAUCGAGCCUUGCGACUGCUAGAGUUGCUCGAGGGAUGGGGCCGGCUAGAGUAUUAUGGAAUCGCAAAGUGCAGGAACGAGUCUCGACGACUUCAUCCAUUCUAGAUCAGAUUAAAGGGAUCAAGAUGAUGGGACUCGAGGAUCGCAUCUUCCAUCUUAUCCAGUCUCUUCGUGUCUCUGAAGUCGACUCCUCGAAGACUUUCCGUCUAUUCAUUGUAUGGAUGAAUAUGAUAGCUAACCUUUCGGACCAACUAACCCCUAUCCUGAUCAUUGCUGCUACUGUGUUUUGGAGCCAGGGCGGCCAAAAUAUAAGCGUUGCCGAAGCUUUCACUACAUUAUCCAUUGUUGCCCUUGUUUCAAGUCCAAUGGUGAACAUCAUUGCGGCUUAUCCUACUCUUAUUGGUGGCUUAGCUUGUUUGGGACGCAUUCAGGAUUUUAUGUUACGCACCAAGAGGAACGACUACCGCCUUGUUGCCUCCUCUCCUCAGGAUAGCAAUUCCAAGUGUGAAAUGAAAGAUGAUGAUAUCGAACUACAAGGAAUCCAGAUGACGGACUUCCUACACGACAGAGCAGCAGAGGCAAGUCCGGCUAUCAGGAUUGAAAAUGCUUCAUUCUCAUUGCAGGGCGGGAACGAAGCAGUCCUUGAAAAUAUAAACCUCGUUGUACGAAAAUCGAGUCUUACCAUGAUUGUAGGGCCGGUCGGUUCGGGAAAAUCAGCUCUGUUAAAGGCAAUUCUUGGUGAAGCUCAAAUUCUGAGUGGCUCGGUGCGACUAGAUUGUGGCCGGAUAGCUUACUGCGACCAAACUGCAUGGUUGCGAUUGGGAUCUAUACGGGACAAUGUUUUAGGUCCAAACGAUCUUGACGAGGUAUGGUACCAACAAGUUCUCUGGGCCUGCGCCCUGAACGAAGAUGUCGCCCACCUCAAGGAUGGAGACCAGUCUCUCGUUGGAAGUGGGGGCAUUGCUUUGAGUGGUGGCCAGAAGCAGAGAGUGGCGCUGGCGCGAGCUGUGUAUUCUCGGGCCCCGGUCGUUUUACUAGAUGAUGUCUUCAGUGCUCUUGAUCACAGAACGUCCCUCAAUAUUUUCAGCCGCUUACUGGGCGGCGAAGGAAUCUUGAGGAAACGCACAACUGUUUUGUUGGUUACUCAUACGGUGGAAUACUUGCCCUUCGCAGACGAUAUCAUCGUGCAGGAUAAAACCGGUAGCACGGUGAACAGAGCACCAUAUAGUGAGCUUCGAUUGAAUGAAGUUUACCCUGAGAUCCAGGUACUUGGAUCUGUGAAGGAGAAUCAUCAGUUACCCCUAUCAGAAUUUUCAGAGGCGAAGCCUAUUAAAGACAAACCGCAGGGCAAAGACUCCGCUCCGCAUGCCUCUGCACACGAAGUGACAAGAAAGACUGGAGAUCUGAAAUUAUACACGUUCUACCUCCAUUCUGUUGGUCCCUUAUUGUUCAUCUUUUGGCUUGUAUUUGCUGCAGGUUACAUCUUCUCCGGAAAGGUACCCCAGAUAUGGCUUCGCAUUUGGACAGAAAAUGGUACCGCAAGCCAUGCGGCAGCGUAUUUUGGAGGCUACCUAGGUUUUGGAUUAAUAUGCGUCCUAUUUUCCGGGCUCUGCGUAUACUACUUCAUGAUUAUCAUUAUCCCAAAGUCCACUCAGCAUAUACACGCGUUGCUACUAGAUGCUGUGCUCAGGGCACCUCUGUGGCUCUUCACAACAACGGACACCAGCACAAUUCUAAACAGAUUUAGCCAAGAUAUGACCUUGGUGGACCAGGUCCUUCCAAUGGCUGCAUUCACGACAACAUUCGAUGUAUACAAUGUGAUCGCAGGAGCUGCACUGAUAGCUUCUGGUGCAACCUAUGUCGCAGCCAUCAUUCCAUUCUGCAUAUUGGGCAUCUACAUGAUCCAGAAAUUCUACCUUCGCACUUCCCGUCAAAUGCGACACCUAGACUUGGAAGCCAAGUCUCCACUAUAUCGACUGUUCACGGAAACAGCCUCUGGUAUUAUCACAGUUCGUGCACUUGGCUGGAAAGAGGACUUGAUGAAUGAGCACCUACAUAACCUUGAUCACUCGCAAAAGCCUUAUUAUAUGCUGUAUUGCAUCCAACGUUGGCUAAAUGUGGUUCUUGAUAUCUUUGUUGCGUCAAUAGCAAUUAUUCUUGUCGGGUUUGCGCUGGGAUUCUCUAAUGCGACAAGUCAGGGAUCCAUUGGGCUUGCUAUGCUGAAUGUAAUGGAAUUCAACCAGAGCCUUUCGAUGCUCAUUAACUCAUGGACUGGACUGGAGACUUCGCUUGGCGCCAUCGCUCGAGUUAAGGACUUUCUGGCUGAAGCUAAAGCCGAGGGCUCGGAAAUGGAAGACGAGACACCGACUAAUGAGUGGCCGAAAAGAGGUUACAUUCAAAUGACAGGCGUCACAGCAAAGUACAACGUUGGUGAUGUCCAAUCUCAGCCAGCAAUUCGCGAUGUCAACCUGGAGCUACAGCCAGGACAGCAGGUCUUGAUCACCGGCCGAACCGGCAGUGGUAAAUCGUCUCUCAUUCUCACACUGUUACAUUUGCUUGAUCUAGAGUCGGGGCGCAUUACCAUCGAUGGAAUGGACUUGUCACGUAUUCCCCGUCCGGCUCUCCGCUCUCGCAUCGUGACGAUUCCCCAGGACCCAGUCGAGCUCCCCGGCUCAGUGCGCUACAAUCUCACUCAAUUUUCAUCAUUGGAAGCAAGAUCAGGGGACAAUGGAGAGGCUAUGAAGCGCACACUGGAACGCGUGGGCCUUUGGGAGACGGUGAGCAAACGAGGUGGGCUCGACGGCGAACUCAACAACGUCGGGCUAUCAGGCGGCCAGAAGCAGCUGUUCUCUCUCGCGCGGGCUCUUCUUGCGGUGCAAAAUAUAAGGGCCGAGGGUGGUAUUGUACUCCUGGACGAGCCGACGAGCAGCGUGGAUGGGGGGACAGAGGUGGACAUACAGAGAAUAGUGAGAGAGGAAUUUGCGAGACAUACCAUCAUCCUUGUGAGCCAUCGCUUAGAUGCGGCUAGGGAUGCGGACAUAGUUGUGCUCAUGGAGGGUGGCAAGGUAGCCGAGGUCAGAAGAAAAGGGGAGUGA